AUGGCAAUUCCGUUUGCACAGGGCGUUACCCGAUUCAUUCCCAUGGUGGGAUACCACCAUGUGUUGAUGAUUCUCAUCGCAGUUGCGAUUAUCUUAUUAUCACUGUUAUUGGCCGGAUGCUCCUCAUCCUCCCCGCAGAUCCCCAAUAUCUUCCUUAUCUCUAUGUACUAUGAGAAGUACAAGCCGGUUCUAGACCUCGCGCAAGUCGACCCUGGUGUGGUAACGGCCAUGUCCAACAUUGUGCGUAGUGCCGAGUUGGAAGUCCGCGUGGGAUACUUUGGCAUCUGUGUUCAGCCCGAUGGAGGCUCGUUCAUCUGUAACGCCAAUGCCACUGCCCUCGCCGAGAUUGUUAAUGUCGACGCCGAUCCACUCAACUUGAUCUGGGUUGCGUCAACAUUCAAGGACGCAGUUGUGUUCCCAUACCUUCUUAUCGUCGCUGUCAUCCUCGCCUUCUUCUGCUUCAUCCUCCUCGCAACCUUCCCUGGCUGGCACGAGGAACCUGAUGAGUCCGGCUCUGCCGUGGAAGUCAAGCCUUUCCCCUCAAGACCCGUGUCCCAGACUGCUCUUGCCUUGAUCUUCGUGUCCUCCGUCUUUGUGCUGGUAUCAGUAUUAUGGCAACACACAGCGUCCGUUGCCGCCAGUACGAUAGCCCAAGAUAUGGGUAACAGCGUCGUCAAGAGCGGCGUUGGUACCUCUGCCAUGGUGUUGGGUUGGUUCGGUUUUGUGUUGUUGGUCAUCGUCACCAUCGGCCUCCUCAUAAUGAUCCUCAGCAUAAGCAUGCUCAGGAAAUUGACAGACGAUGACUAG